AUGUCUCUCUCCGCGCGUGGAGCCGCUCUGGCUGGACAGCCCGGUCACGGUCUGCCAACUGAGCAUACCUUUGAUCGCGACACGAACCCAGAUGGCCUGAUAGCUCCUGCCUACGCCAUCAAUAUACCGAUCAAACGAGAGCACUUCCACUUCGACUGGCCGGCCAACGGCGGCCCAGGGCUACGAGCUGCUCUCGCCACACACUUCAACGACAAUUUCCACCCGCACGUUCCUGUGCUCCCGGAGCAUAUCAUUAUAGGUGAAGGGGCGACAUCAAUUGUUGAAAUCCUCGCGUUUGCGCUUAUGGGCCCGGGCGAUGGCGUCCUCAUGAGCCGGCCAGCCUAUGCCGGGUACAAGAAGGACUUCGCCAAACGAGCUAAUGUGAAGAUCUGCUGGGUCGAGACGAGCGCGGAGGAGUCGCUGGAUCCUCAAGCAUUGAUUGCUGCGUACGAAAAGGCAUUGGCCAGGUCUCACGAGCAGGGGAUUGCAAUCAAGGCGGUGCUGAUUACAAAUCCGAACAAUCCUCUAGGGAGAUGCUAUCCCCGCGCCACCCAACUCGCCAUCAUGGCCUUCUGCCACGCCCACAACCUGCACCUCAUCAGCGACGAGAUUUUCGGAGCGACCGAGUUCAGUUCCCAUCUAUCUCCAUCGCCGUCCUCUCCCGGCUCGACAGCCGACCGCACCCCUUUCACAUCCAUCCUCUCCAUUCCGCAAUCCUCGACCCAGCUUUCCCUGUCACGACGCCACGUGAUCUACGGCCUCGCAAAGGACUUUGGGGCCCCGGGCCUCCGCAUCGGCGCACUCGUCUCGCAGUCCAACCCGGAGCUGCUGUCCUCGGCCCACGAGAUGCUGCGCUUCCACGACGUGUCCGGCCCCAGCGUGGCCAUCGCAACCGCAAUGCUCGAAGACCGCGAGUGGUGCAAGGCGCACCUGGACAAGACGCGCCGCGGGCUGGCGAGGGCCUAUGAGCACGCCACGCGCGGGCUGGAGGAGCUCGGCAUCGAAUACGUCAAGGGCGGGUGUGCCGGAUUCUUCGUGUUCCUCGACCUGUCGCCGUUCCUGCCACUCGUCGACGAGGGGAGUGACUUGAAAACACAGACAGAGGAAGAAGGCCCGAGUGCUGCGGAGGUCGCGCUCGUGCGGAAGCUCGUCGACCACGGGCUGUAUCUUGCGCCUCGUGGCGAGAGCUACGGGAAGCCUGGCUGGUUCCGGUUCGUGUUUUCGCAUGAGCCGCAUGUCAUUGACGAGGCGCUCAGGAGACUCAAGAAAGUGAUCGCGCCUUAA